AUGACGUCGCCAAAAUCAGUCAAGGAAGUCCAACGCCUGACGGGAUGUCUAGCGACCCUGGGGCGGUUCUUAUCAAGGGCAGGUGACAAGUGUCAUUACUUCUUCGACACAAUCAAGAAGAAGAGCAAAUUUGAAUGGACUGAGUCGGCAGAAACUGCCUUCGUCCGAUUAAAAGAGCAUCUCCACACCUUACCUCGGCUUGUCAGUCCUCUUCAGGGGGAAACUUUGUAUGUGUAUUUGGCCAUUUCUGAGUGGUCCUUGAGUGCUGUGUUGCUAACUGAAAGGGAGGGAGUGCAACUCCCCGUCUAUUUUGUGAGCCAUGUCCUGCAAAACGCCGAAUUAAGAUAUUCUCCAAUUGAGAAGUUUGCACUUGCGCUGUUUAUGGCCAGCAAGAAGCUGCUCCCUUACUUUCUGGCACACAAACUGGUGGUAUACACAGACCAACCUUUGAAACAACCCCUUACUAAGCUAGACGCUGCUGGGCGAAUGCUGAAAUGGGCAAUUGAGCUGAAUGCAUUUAAUAUCUCAUAUGAGCCUCGAAAAGCUAUCAAGGGACAAGCAUUUGCCGGUUUCAUUGCAGAAAUGACGAGGCCAACUUUUGAAAAGAAUGUGGCGACUUGCUGGACAGUCUAUGUAGAUGGCUCGUCAACCCAGAACGGGUGUGGAGCCGGCAUAAUAUGUCAAUCCCCUGAAGGAGACAAGUAUGAGUAUGCCAUGAGAUUCAAUUUCCAAACAUCCAACAACGAGGCAGAAUAUGAAGCUUUAUUAGCCGGCAUAAAAAUGUGCAAAGCUGCCGGAGCUCAAGAAAUACUUGCCUUUUUUGACUCACAGCUCAUUGUGAGUCAAGUGAAUGGGGACUACGAGGCAAGAGACCCUAACAUGAUCAAAUAUAUGCAAGCCGUGCAUCAAGAAAUAGAACAUCUAAAGAGCUUUGAAGCUAAGCAGAUUCCCAGAACGGAGAACAAUCAGGCCGAUGCCCUGUCAAAACUAGCUAGCUCGGCUUCUUGUGAUACCCCGCGUCACGUGUUUUGGGAAGUGAAAGAUAAGCGAAGUAUUGAGCAGGAAUUGUGCGCUCCUAUGGUAGCUAUUCUUGAUCGGUCGUCAACCUGGAUGAACCCUAUCAUUGCUUACAAAAUGGACGGUUCGCUUCCGGACGACUCAAGUCUGGCCGCCAAAAUACAAAAGAAGAGUUCUUGGUUUGAAUGGUGGAAUGGAGUUUUAUACAAGAGGUCAUUCUCUAGACCCCUCCUGCGGUGUGUCACUCCUGAGAAAGGGAAAGAAAUUCUGGAUGAUUUGCACCAGGGAUUAUGUAGCUCCCACAUUGGAGGACGAGCUUUGGCAGAGAAAGCCUUGUGA